AUGCGGCCGAGGGAGCAGGCGAUUCUUUGCUCCCAGCUGCAAGCAGCAGAGCUCUUCACUCUCCCAGCGGCACAGGGGCUCAUUCAUAUGAUAUCCUCGCCACAAGCCUACCUGAUAAGAGCACAAGCCCGGGCGAGAGGGGCGGUGGUGGCGAUGAGGGAGAGUGGUGCUCCUGCUGAGAGUGUGCCUAUGGGAGAGGGGAGGAGUGAGAGUGAGAGUGAGGAGUCCCUCGGUCUGCUAUACUGCGCCAUCCCAAAAGCCGCGUGCACCAGCUGGAAGAUUUGGUUCCGGCAGCAACACAACGACUCAGACGCACACAACCUCCGAACCACGCACCUCCCCGCCCGCUCCCACCUCCCGGUGCUCUGGUUCGGCAUGACCGAGCCUGAGGCGAUACGUGCGGUGACGCGGCGAGACCUGGUUCGAUUUGUGUUUGUGCGGGAUCCGUUCUCCCGGGUGCUGUCUGCUUUUGUGAACAAACACGUGGAGGAAGAGGGAGGGGGGUGGGGGAAGCGACGGUGGUGGUCCCUGUUGUUCUUUCAGCAUCUCUUCUGGACCAGCAACACCACCCACCGCCCCUUAGGCUGGAGGGACCUGUUCUCUUCGCACCUGCCCUCCCUCUCUCCUUUCUCCUCCUCCUCCUCUUCUUCCUCCUCCUCCUCCUCCUCCUCCUCCUCCUCCUCCUCCUCCUCCUCCUCCUCCUCCUCCUCCUCCUCCCUCCCCCAUUCCUCCGCCCCUGCACUCUCUGUCCACACCUUGCUCCGGCUGCAAGCGGGAGGCACGCUGUCAUUCGAGGAGUUUGUGGCUCUGCUAGAUGCAGCAAGAGAGGCGGAUGGAGAGCAUUUGAUGGACAACCAUAUAGCACCGCAGUCGCUGCUCUGCGGGUUGAACCACAUCAAGUAUGACUUUGUGGGGCGCUUUGAGAGCAUGCAUAGGGACGUGCUGGCACUGAUGGCGCUGCUGGGGAGGCAACCCGGGGACGCCUUUGCCUUUGGGAAGAGCGUUCACUUCACCAACUCGUCCCACCGGCUGUCAGAGAUGUUCCGAGACAAGGAAACGUAUAUGAGGGUGAAGCGAGUGUACUCUAUUGACCUGCACUCUUCACUCAACAGGAUCCACUAUGAGCCACCCCCUGAGCUUGCCGCUAUGUUUGAAACAGCAAAUUAA